UGACUGAAAGGAAGAGUAUGGACCCGAACAGUUUCUCUGAGCCUGAUUUGUGUAUUUGCAAACAUCUUCAUUUUAACAUUGAAGUCUUAUUUGAGAAGAAGGUUCUGCAUGGUUCUCUACGACUACAAGCCGUCAACAAAUCUAGCAAUAACAAUCGGCUGAUACUGGACACUAACAAACUCAAGAUAUUAUCAGUGAGUGAUGCUAAAACGGGGCAUCACAUGCAGUGGGAGGUGCAGCCCAUGAAUUCGAAGUCUCCGUUUGGAUCUGCGCUUGUCAUCACACUGCCAUCUUCAUCUUCCAGAGACGGUGAAGCAGUGGAUUUAGAAGUUUUGUAUGAGACGUCUCCAGAAGCUUCAGCAGUUCAGUGGCUUGCAGCAGAACAGACAGUGGGAAAGACACACCCGUAUCUGUUUACUCAGUGUCAAGCUAUUCAUGCUAGAAGUAUGUUUCCUUGUCAAGACACUCCAUCUGUGAAGACUACUUACUCUGCAGAAGUUAUUGUACCUGGAGAAUUAACCGCACUAAUGAGUGCUAUUCCAACUGGAAAUCAUGUGGUUUCAGGGAAUGAUAAAAGCAGCAGAAAAGUGUUUACAUUUGAACAAAAAGUGCCCAUUCCAUCAUAUCUUGUCGCCUUAGCUGUUGGUGCAUUAGAAAGCAGACAAAUUGGUGCUCGAUCAUCUGUGUGGAGUGAAAAAGAAGUUGUUGAUAGUGCAGCCUAUGAGUUUGCACAUACAGAAGAUAUGCUGAAUGUUGCUGAAGGCAUAUGUGGGCCUUAUGUCUGGGAAAAGUAUGACCUACUGGUGCUGCCACCUUCAUUUCCAUAUGGCGGAAUGGAAAAUCCAUGUCUCACUUUUGUUACACCAACAGUUCUAGCUGGAGAUCGGUCUUUAGUAAAUGUUGUAGCACAUGAGCUCUCUCACAGCUGGACUGGAAAUCUCGUCACUAAUCACACUUGGGAACAUUUCUGGCUCAAUGAAGGGUUCACAGUGUUUGUUGAGAGGAAGAUAAUGGGUCGGAUGUUUGAUGAAAAGAUGAGGCACUUUCAUUGUAUUGGUGGGUGGAAAGCACUUGUCAAUUCGGUUAAUGACUUUAAAGAUGCCAUUCAUCUUACCUCACUUGUUCCUAACUUGGAAGGAAUUGAUCCCGAUGAUGCUUUUUCCAGUGUUCCAUAUGAAAAAGGAUCUGCUUUGCUCUUUUAUCUGGAAUGUCUUGUGGGUGACCAUGAUCAAUUUGAGCUGUAUUUACGUUCAUAUAUCGAGACCUUCAAGUACAAGACAGUAACAACUGAUCAGUGGAAACAUCACUUUCUAACAUACUUUCACAAGCAGGCCGAACAGGGAGUGUUUUCAGAAGUAGAUUGGGAUGGAUGGUUAUUUGGACAUGGACUUCCUCCUUGCAAACCAGCAUAUAACACUGCAGGUGUUGACGCUUGCACGGACUUAUGUCAAAAGUGGAUUGCGGCAUCAGAUGAGCAACUUGACAGUUUUUCCCCAGAAGACAUUAAAGAUUUCAACUCACACCAUUUGAUUGAAUUCUUAUCUUUGUUGUUGCUCGAAAAGCCACCAGUUGAUAUUGCCAAAGUAAAGACAAUGCAGUGUGCUUACAAUCUCCACAGUUACAAGAAUGCAGAGAUAAGAUUCAGAUGGCUUCGUCUUUGUGUUAAAGCAGGAUGGGAAGAUGUGUUUUCUAUGGCUGUGACAUUUGUGAGUGAGCAAGGGAGGAUGAAAUUUGUCCGUCCACUUUACAGAGAUUUAUAUGCUCAUGAGAAGUCACGAGCAUUGGCAUUGUCUACAUUUCAUUCUCUCAAGCCUUUGUACCACCACAUUACAGCUAACAUGCUGGAAAAAGACCUUGAUUUGCGUCAGUAGCUCAAUGUCGCAAUGCAAGU